GUUGUCGCCAGAGCUUCCGGAAGUUAUUCAGUCUGCAGCUGAAUACGGUGCUCGACAGGGACGCUUUUUUGACAUUGCACGAUUUCUCGCUGAUUAGGGAGGGCAGUGAUACCAUGUGGAAGUCACAUGAACGACGAGGAUGAGGCAUAAACAAGGGGGCAGCUUGACGAGUGAGCCGCUGCACAGUGUCUGCCAUAAAGAGGGGUUUUGCUGCUUGUACAAAGACCCAGCACAAGCAGCCCCCUGUUUCCCUCCAUCCUGAACAUUUACGAUGAACAGCACUACUCAGACUCCUGCCAUCAUAGAUGGGGGUGUGACAGUCGGCUACGUGCUGGUGCCCUUCCUCCUAAUAACUGUUGCUGGAAUUGCUGCAGCUGUGAUUAUGUAUAUACGUAGGAAGAGGAGAAUCGACAGACUUCGCCAUCAGCUGUUACCAGUUUACACUUAUGAUCCUUCAGAAGAGCUUAAUGAGGCAGAGCAGGACAUAUUGUGGAGAGAGGAAGACACAAGGAUUGUACAAGGUUGGGCUAGAAGUUACCAACAGCGACGCCCUCUUCUGACCAAAGACGUUAGUGCAUGAUGAAAGUAAACUGGCAGACAGCGUGGCGUGAGGAGACAACUUACAGUCAUCUUUCAGCUCAGCCUCAUCAGUUUGGUUUAGAUUUUUCCUUCAUUUCCUGUUUGAAUACAUCUACAUCAAAAAAUCUUCCCUGUUCCUGUGUUGCAUACAGAUUGAUGCUUAUAUAUGAAGUUUUGAUUCCAAUCCCUUGUACCUAAGUGAAGACCUUUGGCCUGUUUAUUUAGUAUUUAUUCAAGCAUUUUGACUGUGGUACACAAAGACACCCGUUUAGAAAAGGUCGAAGAAACAAUCUCUUGUGCAUUUAUUCUGUUGUUUACAUUCACUGUUUGUUCCUGUGGGUUGCAGUAAGCAUCUGUACUGAUUGUAGCAUAGUGCCUGUUUUCCUGUUUUCUGUGUGGUAACGAUACGAAUUGUCACCCUAGUUAAAGAUCAACUUUCCUCCUGGGGUUGGUUACCACUCAGAGGUUGUUUCGGUCACGUGAGAAUUAGCUGCUUCGAUCUUGCAUUAUCAGUUUCAUUAUGAAUCGAAAAGGUUGUACAUCCCCCCUCCCCUUCUUUCAAUGUUGCUUACAGAGUAAGAGUAGCUGCCAUGGAAUGCACAUCAUCUUUUGUGGUUUUGCCAAAUCCUGUGACUCUUGACAAUGGUAUGAAACACCAGAUUUGGAAGUAAAUAACACCAGCUUCCUCCCACUUCUUAAAUGAGUUGUGACUAGUGCACAAAAUAUGCCCUGUCUACAAGACAUGGCACCAGCAAAUUUACCUCUGGCUGAAAACUGUAAAGAUAAAUGCCAUAGAUCUGACUGUAUUAAGCACUCAGGAAACUUAAUUUCUUUUGUUAAAUUUGCCUUGCAUUUGCUGAAUGUAAACUGUUAACUGGACCUGAAUAGGAAGCGUUCCAGUUAAUGUGUUGUGAAGCAAAACUACUGCUCAGACAUGCGAUGUUAUCUGGCAUGACAUCUUUUUUUUAUCUAUAGAAAAGCUAUAAAACAUCUGUAAAAAUAUAAAGUUUGCAUUGAGAGCAGACAAGUCAAAGAACCACUGAUUAAAUAUCAGCAGCACUGAUAAGUUUAUCCUUUUAAAUUCAGGUGUACUGUUGCUUUGAGACUUAAUGCAUUUUAAAAUAAAGAUGUUAAUGGAUUUAUGCAUUUGUGCUGGAAUUUCAGUUUACACUAAUGGGAACAUGACAGAAAAAAAUGACAAAGAAAAUUCUCUUUAUUGACCAUUUCCGAUACAAAUUGUAGGGCACCAUAGAAAUAUAGACAUUGUACAUUUAUAUACGUGUACAUUAAAAAGAAUGAUCCCAUCCUAUUGAGUUUACAGUAUAUAAAAUCAACGGAUGCAUGUUGCUAUGGAAAAUGACUACAUUGUCGAGAAGUUGGAAGAGAAUGAAAUAUGUGAGACGACUGUACGACCAUGAAUAUGGUAUGGGUGUGUGUGUUUGUGUGUGUGUACGGUAAUGCCAGACAGUGGCCAACAGAACAGUGAAAAGAGCGCCCAGUCUACACAAACACAUUUCGUCCAUGAAAAUCUGAACCAACAUUUCAGUGCACCAGAAAAAAAAAAAAAGGAUAAAAACACACCUGCUAAUCUACCACAGUCAUCGAACACAGUUGUCAAGCUGACAGGUCUCCCUGACUUGCUUCACACAUUUAAAAACAACCUGUCUGCAAGCUCUGAUUAUGAACGAGCCAGAGGUGAAUACACACAAUCACACGUUCGAAAUCUUAGAUACCUUGGUUACAGUCAAUUUAAAUUAAGGAAAAAAAAGAAAAAAAAAAAGACAACUUUGUAAUAAUGACAUCAAUUCAUGCCAGAGGUUACAUUAAGCAAAAAAACCAGUUAAAUGCAAUCAUAUGGUAAAGAAAGCUGUUGAGUGAGGUAUGAGUUUCCAGGCGUUGCGUUGCCCGUUUGCAGUUUUCCGGGUUUUGUAACUCAGGUUGUAGCAGCUUAGGUGUGUGGAAAAACCCAGUUAAUUGGACUGUGAACGCAGGUUCCCUGACACUUAGAAAAUACAUUUUUUAUUUCUUUGCAGCAGACAGCAUACAACACACAUUUCAGAAGACUAAAAUCUUUAUUACGGUGCUAAGGAAGGACAGAAUGACGAAGCAGUGAGAGCGAAGAUGGAAUGAAGACCGUACAGCCCUGUUGGAUAGCAGUGCCACCAACUAUCCACCACUACAAACUCCUUGUUUAACCAAUGUCAGUUUGUUUUACAGGUGAUCAAAUGAGCGCUUAGAGAAAAAGAAAACGGAGGACUGUGUGAGGACAUACACCAAUGUAACAGCAUUUGUAAAAGCUCCCUGAAGAAACGACACUGAUAACUUUCAGCCUAGAACUCUGCCAACGCUAUAAUGCUAUCCUUAAAAAAAAAUACCAAAAGAAUUGAGUUUAAUAUGAAAAGCAGCACACGUUUAUUUUUUUAAAAUUGUAUGUAACAAAAUAAACAAAAAAGUGUAAGUCUGAAGACUAACGAUACACUACGUCCCCCCACUACACGCUGGAGGACUGAGAAAGUUUUAAGAAUUACUAAAUCUAAACUGUCCUACAGGAAAGAGGGUAAAGAUGCUCUAAUCAGGGUAAAAAUCAGUUAGAAUUGGAAACAGACACUUUAACCAUCAGUCACAUAUUUUCAUCCUAAAUGCUGAAGCUCAAGUCCAUCUAUGGUAUGACUCAAAAGGAGGUUAACCAUCUCACACGAACACACUUAACAGA